AAAUGAUUAGAUGCAUAUCGAGCCAUGACAUAUUUUGCUAAAGAAUACGGUACUGAAUUUUCUAAUACAUUAACUAGCACUACACUCAGGAAACACAUUGCUACUAUUAGAAUUACUUUUAAUUUAACAGAUACUCAAAUUACAGAUCUGACUAAUUUUAUGGACUAUCAUGAAAAAAUCCCCAAGGAAAUAUACAGAAAAUCAGUAGUGGUUGAAGAUAUUACAGCAGUCUCACAACUUCUAGAAGCCACACAAAGCAUUAGAGAUUCAGCGAAUAAUUUAAUUGAAGAAGGCGACAGUGAGAUUGAAUAUGAAAAUAAAGACAGCACAAGUGAUGAAAUAUUUGAAGAAACUAAUUCUUUGCAACAAUCGAGUGAUAAUUCAUUGUUAACGCCAGUGUAUAAAAAACGUACAAAAAUGGAAAUGACAGCGAUACGUAAAAAAACAUUGAUCAAAAGGCGCAUUUGCGGUCUUUAUUAAGCGAAUAAAUUGGACACAAGAGAAGACAGCUGUAUUAGAAGCAUUUAGAAAACAAGUACAAACCGAUACACUUAUAACUGGAAAAGAAAUGCAGAAUCUUAUAUCUUCUAUAAACACCAUGUUUGCCUAAACGAACAGUUCUUCAAAUGAGAACGUGGUUACACGCCCAAAAAAGGGAAUUAAAUAAUUUUUAAAUUUAACUGGCAUAAAAAUUGUCGUGUUUUUUUUUACAUAUUGAAAGAUAAUGUCAUGGGUAGACAUGUUGUGUAAUAUGUACAUAACUUUUAUAAAGACUUUAUAAAAUAACUUUAUGUAGACUUUAUAUAUUCAAAUACAGAGUAA